UCUGUUGGGCUUAACGCGGCUCGUUAACGGCUACCUGGUUGCUAGACGACACUGGUGUGGAAACGGCAGCCUCUGCUCGGAAAACAAACAUUAUUUUAGCAGGUUUUACGAAGCCAUGGUGAAGCUCGCCUGCCACCGCACCGUCGGCUUCUUACGUGGGGUAUUUGUAGCUUUGGGGGACGAAUAGUUCGAGUUGUUACGCGGCUAGCGUCUUUUUGCUUGCCCCAUGUUCUCACUACUAGCAAGCUGAGCUGUUAGCCUCGAAAGACAUGAGAGGAUCACACACGGACGGAGUCAAGUUGUCCAACUUCACGUAACGCCGACGCUUGUUUUACAGCCAUGUUCAGUGAAACUGCUAAAUUGUCUCUGGAGGCGAGUGAUGUUCAGACAGACGAGGACUGUGAGGAUCUGGCUGAGGAUGGCUUCAACUUCUCUGCUGAUAUUUUUGAAAAGGAAAGAACGAGGAGGAAACCAUCAUCUGGAAAACCCCCUUCCUCUCCAAAGUCUCCAUAUCUGUCCAGCCUGAAUGUGAACUCUAGAAGAGCGGCGGUGGCUGCCUGGAGACUUCCAAGGGCCUCUUUAGGUGACACCAGAGGUGACACGCCUGGGGACGGUAGCUUAGCUCGCUUUGCAACCCUGAACAAUCACGAUCUGUCCCAGACGCUGAGAUCAGAGUUUGACAUGACGCCAGAGCUUCUCACAAAGGCCUUCUCUGUGAGGAAACACAAACAUCUAAACUCUUCAUCCAAUGGCUUCGCCUUCAGCACACGCGACUGCAGGGACAAGGAGGACAUGUAUGAUGAAAUUAUUCGCCUCAAGAAGUCUCUUCAGGCACAGAAGUCUGACAACCAAAAAAUGAAAGCCAAGCUACGCCGCCUAGAGGAAGAAAACGCUAAAAGAGAAAAACAGAUAGAAGAACUGCUGGAUCCCACUAAAGGACCUGAAUAUACUCGCGGUUUGGUGGAUAAGAAAAAAGAGGGCAGUGUGGUUGUCAGUGGUCUGAAACAGAGAAUCCUGAAGUUGGAGCAGCAGUGUAGAGAGAAAGAAAAUGCCCUGAGUAAACUGCAAAGUGAUCUGAGGACUACCAAUCUGGAAGAGCUGAAGAUUACGGUAGAAGCCUACUUUGAGGAGAUCCAGAGACUGAGGAUUCUUCUAGAAGCUACAGAGAAAAGUAGUCGAGCAGAAAGUAAAUGCUCCCAGAGGCAGCAGAAAGCUUUAAGCUCCACAGUUGAUCGUCUGUCUGAGAACCUGAAGCAGCUUCAAAAAGAAAACGUAGUGCUAAGAGAAGAACUCAGCAGCGAGAGUCCUGCUGGAGGAUUAAAAGGUUACAGAGACUGGAGUAAACAGAGACUGCUAAGAAAACUGCUGGAUGUGGAGAAGAGGCUGGAGGACAGCAGAAGACACGCCCUGGCAGCAAAGAACAGCAGCCGAUUGGAUCAAGAAGUCCAAAGCCAAGCCACGCCCAUUCAGGUUCCACGGCUUACCAUGGCAACAGAGGCAGUGGCCUCCGUGGGAGUGAUGACAGAAGAUAGGGAGGAGCUUUCAGAUUUAAGAGCAUGCCUUAGUCAAGUAGAGAAGGAGAAGGUGGAGCUUCAAGAGACCCUGUCAAGAAAAGAUGAUGAAUUAAAACAACUGAGGUCAGAAAGAGAGGAACUGGAGAAAGCGACAGCGCAAUGGAAGACUAAACAAACAAAGGAAUGGAACAAAGAAAGACAGCAGCAUAAGCACGAGUUGGAGCAGUUGUGGUUGAGGAUUCAGACUGUGGAGCAGGAUAAAAUCAAGCCUGAACAUGCUGAGCUUUCCCCUCUCUGUGCCACAACAGCAGACCGGCUUAAGGACACUCAGGUCAGAUCAGGUCAGAAGGAUCGAGAAGAGAAGCAAAGCAGGCAUAGACUGAAGGAAGGGAAUCGAGAUAGAUAUUUAGGUAGAGUUGAAGAGAAAAAGAGGAAUGAAAGAAUUCAAGAUGACAAGAAAAAAAGAGAGAAAGCAGCAAGCAUCAUCCAGACAAAGUGGAGGGCGCACAGAAACCGGGACAUUGUGAUGCUGCAGUCUGCAAUAAGAGCACAUCUCCUGAGAGAGUCACAGCUGAAGGACCUGCUGAAAGACGCACACAAUAAGGCUGCAGGAGAAACAAACUCCUGCAACACUUCUGCGCCUGCAGAGGGAGAGGUGGAUGUGAUUGCCUUGACCAUGAUACAGUCUGCCUUUAGAGGACACAUGGCUCGUUGUAGUUUUGCAAUAGCGAGCCCAGAGUCCUCUGUGCCUUCCCCCAUAGAAGCACCAAGAAGCGCUCGCUCAAAAUACAAGCCGAGCCAAACAGGUGCUGCAUUGCUCCAUAAUGAAAAGGGCAGGGUGAUGAAGAUCCAUGGCCCAUCUCAAGCACUCAUGCCUCCAGGAUGACACCCACAACAGAUCAAACAGAGGUUCAUUCUUCAGCCGCGACUGAAGCAGCAGCUGCUGAAGCUGAUUCUGAUGAUUCAGAUGACAUCAUUGUGUCGCCAUCACGUCCACUUAGAAGCAGAGAAGUUUUAAUCUUAUAGACUCGCUGAGGUUUGUGUUUAAAGAAAAUCACGGUCAGGUUUCUUCCUAAACCUGCAAAUGAUAUCUAUAUUAUUCAGGGUAAUUAUGAACAUACACAAUAAUUGCUCAUUGUCCAAGGCAGACAGUAAUGACUGGUGCAGAUCUUUUGGCACAUAUAAAGACCUCAUAUUGAUGUGGUUAUGUAGAAUAGUGUCCUGAUUCAUUUAUCACAGUUUGUUUCAAAGGUCAUGAAAACUUGUAUAGAAAGUGUAGAUAAAAAUGUCAUGUGACAAUGACAUCGACAUGGGGCAUGUACUUUUAUUCUUGUGGUUAAUUGUUUUAACCAAAUAUUCCAGGUGGAUGUUUUCUUUGCCAAAGUGCCUGCUGCAUGAAUAUUUAAAGUACAUUUACAGUCAUUAGUUACUGUAUUUGUUUUUGCUAACUUCUAUGGCGUAUGUCAGCCACACUGUAUUGCACAGCCUUGGAAUAAUUCAUCAUAUUUUGACAUGCCUGAAUUGCAGCACAUCAUUUACACGUCAGUACACCAUUGUUUCGCGAAUGCCUAAUAAAUGAUGACUGGUUUUGACGUAUGACUGAGGGGUCAUUCUCAACUGAUGCACUAUUAAGCCAAACUGUGAAUAAAUUAUAGAUCUGUCUGCUGCAAUACUUAGACUCACUGUCAGUACAGUGGAGCAUAUGCAGGGAGCAUGUCUAAUGCCCAUAAUGUCUGAAUAUGCAGAGGUAGACCAGUGGGGAACAUGGAUGAAGUUGUAUUGUAUUUCUGAGACCUUCAAUAAACAUUACACUCUUCAUUAUAAAA